CAUUCCAUAUUUUCAUCUCAGUAAUCCCUAAAUCCGAAGUUUUCGUUUACCUUUCCGUUUCCGAUUACUUCCAGCAUGAGUCAAGCCACACCGGAACACGGCGGUUCCACCUCCAUCUCCGAUGGUGGCUCCGUCCUGGCGUCUCCAAGGCGAGCGGCGGCGACCUUGCUCGUCUCUUUAUCGACUCUGGUAGCGCUCUGUGCGAAGCAUGCGAACAGAGCAUCAAAAAAGCUUCAAACGAAACUGAAAUCGAAGCAAUUGCCGCGAUUGGAGUUGCUAUCAUCGCAGGUUUGCCCGAAACGGCUUCUGAAGAGCAUAAGCAACACGGCGAUCACGCUGAUCCAUAAGAAGAAGAAGAAAAACAAGCACGGCAGCGGCGAUACGGAAGAGGAGUGGGGAGACGGCGGAGUCUGGCAGAAGGCGAUCAUGAUGGGGGAUAAGUGUGAACCGUUGAAUUUCUCGGGCGUAAUUUAUUACGAUAGUAACGGGAAACAGCUGAACGAAGUGCCUUUACGAUCGCCACGUGCCAGUCCGUUGCCUGCCUUCCUCGCAACCAGUCCCCGCCAGGUCUACUGAGUUUCACAGAGAGGUUCAGAAUCUUAGCGUCACGCGGGGGUGAUUUCAGGUAGGUCACCUAAGCAUGUGAUUGGAUGAGAAUUGGGAUGUGGCUUCGUUUUUAUUUUGGCCGUGUUUUUGCAAAUUUCUCGUUUGUAUAGUAAUAGAGUGAAAAUAAUUUUGUUGGGUGUAUGUUAAAUAUAAUAUAAUUUUCAGAAUCUGGUUUUAAGAA